GAGUACAAAAGAGCACUAGGCAGACAUACUUUUCCUCUUUGGGGGAACCGAGAAAGGCACUUCGCGUCUCUGUUCCUUUAGACCGUGAGGUGCCUUUGAAAGCUCCCGCUUGGUUGGUUCCUCCCGCCCGCCCUCGACAAUUGUUCGGUCAGGGCGACCUUCCCCCGUUUCUCGUGCGCAGGCGCAGUGAGCCCGCUCUCUGCCCGGCCUAGUUUCUGAGGGCCGGUGCGAAAUGGCGGCGGCAGUGGCGGCUUCGCAGGCGUGGCGGCGCUUGAGGCAGCUCCGCGCGGUAAGUGCGCGGCGGGAGCCUGGGGGGGAGGAGGAGGAGGAGAGUCCUGUGCGGGGCGGCUCUCCCGUAAGGCUCAGCCGUCCGGAGACGACGAGGGAGAGGGGGGCGGCGCCGCUGCUCCCCAGGCAGCUGCCCGGCUGCCUCGCCAGCUCCGCACCGCCGCCCUUCCCCCGGUCCCCCAAUAACCCCGGUGCCCCUGGCCCCGAUCCUCCUAACAACCCUGCCAGGUUGGCUGGCCUGAGGGGGAGGCCGGGGGCCGGCCUUCAAGGUCACCGCGGAGCGGCGGAUUCUCUCAUAGACGCAUAGAUCCAUCCUUCUCCUCACAUGUGUAAUCCAUAUAGACAGCUCUGUAUUAUGCUAAAACAGAAUAAUAGAAUCGUAGAAUUGGAAGGGACGCUGAGGGUCAUCCAGUCCAACCCCUUGCACUGCAGGAAUAUGCAGCUGCCCCAUUAGGGAACCUGCGACCUUGGCAUUAUCAGCACCACACUCAAACCAGCAGAGCGAUCCACUUGGGUCACAUGUCGUAGCAAGUUACGAAACAUUUAUGCGUCCUCAUAAAUAAUGUGAAUGGCAUACUUUGAGAGACCUUUAAAAAUAAAUCUUAAGCAUAACCCCUCCCCCCAACAGCCAGUAAAGAUGAAGAGGUCGUUUCAAAGGCAGCUCAGGUUCCCUUCAUUAUAGUCACAGCCUUCUAAGAUGAUGCCACGCUUCUAAGAUCAUGUAGUAAUCUUCCAGUCGUAGGGCUGCAUCAAUAGGAGUAUUGGGCUGCAUCAAUAGGAGUAUAGCAUCUAGAUCAAGGGAAGUAAUAGUGCCACUGUAUUCUGCUCUGGUCAGACCUCACCUGGAGUACUGUGUCCAGUUCUGGGCACCACAGUUCAAGAAGGACAUUGACAAACUGGAACGUAUCCAGAGGAGGGCAACCAAAAUGGUCAAAGGCCUGGAAACGAUGCCUUAUGAGGAACGGCUAAGGGAGCUGGGCAUGUUUAGCCUGGAGAAGAGGAGGUUAAGGGGUGAGAUGAUAGCCAUGUUCAAAUAUAUAAAAGGAUGUCACAUAGAGGAGGGAGAAAGGUUGUUUUCUGCUGCUCCAGAGAAGCGGACACGGAGCAAUGGAUCCAAACUACAAGAAAGAAGAUUCCACCUAAACAUUAGGAAGAACUUCCUGACAGUAAGAGCUGUUCGACAGUGGAAUUUGCUGCCAAGGAGUGUGGUGGAGUCUCCUUCUUUGGAGGUCUUUAAGCAGAGGCUUGACAACCAUAUGUCAGGAGUGCUCUGAUGGUGUUUCCUGCUUGGCAGGGGGUUGGACUCGAUGGCCCUUGUGGUCUCUUCCAACUCUAUGAUUCUAUGAUUCUAAGAACAAUUAGGGAACAUUGCAAGGAUCAGUGCGGAUCUCCAUGUGCUGCCUCUCAGCUAGUUUUGGCACAUGUACAAAUGAUUACAGGUGCACCAUUUCUUUCGGGGUGAAUUAGAUGGUGUCCCUUGAAUUUCUGUUUUAUGUAACAGGUCUUGGCACCCAGUUCUCUUGAUGCUCAAGCAUUUAUAAGAAUAGCCCGGCUGGUUCAGACCAAUGGCCCAUCUAGUCUGGCGUUCUCUUCUCACAGUGGCCAACUAGAUGCCUAUGGGAAGAACGUGAGCACAAGAGCAAUCUUCUCCCACCCGCCCCGCAGUUUCCAGAAACUUGUUUUCGGAAGUAUUGCUGCCCCCCAACUGUGGAGGUAGAGCAUAGCCACCAUGGCUAGUAGCCAUUGGCAGCCCUCUCCUUCUCCAUGAAUGUGUCUAAUCCUCUCUUAAAGUCAUCCAAGUUGGUGGCUGCCACUGUCUCCUCGAGAGCAAGUUCCAUAGUUUGACUAAAUCUCCAAACAUUCUGUUUCAUUGGAUGUCUACAAGUUCUAGUAUUAUGAGAGAUGGAACUUUUCUCUAUCUACUUUAUCCAUGCCAUGCAUAAUUUUAUAAACUUGCAUCGUAUCUCCUCUUACUCAGCUUAUCUCUAAACUAAAAAGUCCCCAAUGCUGCAACUUUUCUUCAUAAGGCACUUGCUCCCUCCCCCUGACUCAUUGGGGUGGCCCUCUUCUGAACCUUCUCCAACUCUACAAUAUCAUAUUAUUCUUUGUUCAGCCCUCCACUAGUUUGAGGGCAAAGGUUUGCAUUGGGAAGCCUCCUCAACUCAUAGAGACCGCUUGAGCAACUAGAAACCUUGAUUUUGCAGGAUUUUAGAUUGUGAAGGGAGCCUCCAUGAAGUGAGGAGUCUCCCUGCUUCAGACAUUUGCCCUGGAGCUUAAAGUGUUUCUGAGGGGCAGGGCAGUGCUUACAAGUGCUGUGGAAGUCAAAUAGGGCUUAUGAGAAGGUGUAUUAAGAAGACUUUCCAAACUGGUCCCCUAUCAAAACUACACUUAACAUUUCAUUUGUGUCAUAUCCACACUGCCCAAAAUGCUCCUUAUAAAGUAGGUAUGUGGGGCAGUUCACCCAAACUACCUUGAGGACUGAAAGGUUAUCUUUCAGUGGCCAAUAUGAAGCAGUUUUAAGUCCAACUACUGAGCUUCUACUUGAAGUUUGAGAAGUUGUCAUCUAAAUUGUUUCUUCUAAUGUGUUUCCUGAUACCAAUGGAAGCAUUUCAAAAGUUGGAAGGUGGGUUAUUGUUUUGUUGUUUUUGAUUAUUGUAUUUUGGUCUUGUAUUUUAUUCUGUGACCCACCCUGAGAUCUUGUGAUGAAGGGCGGCAUAUAAAUGAACUAAUUAACUAACUAUUUGAGGUCAUGAAUUACUAACAUAGGCAUUUGCAAAUGCUUGAAGGAACAAACUGGGGUGGGUGGAAUAACUUAUGGACUUCUUUGCAAAGCCAUUUCUAACCUGUGUUUUACCAUUUAAUUGAAUACUCUUUCUUAGCUGAAAGUUAGAUUCAAGGUUGACUAGGGCUUUCUCUUUAACGUGAGGGAGGCUUUAGUUAUUCUUAUUCCACAACCAGUUACAUGUUUAGGAAAUUCUGUGCUUACUGUAAAGCAAGCUGAAAUGCUUGUUGGCAGUUGCCACUUUGUUUUGCUUAAUAGCUGUAGACUCUUUGUGAAUGCUGAAACCUCUCCCACCCUCAGCUGCUAUUACAGGGCUACUACCUAAGGGCAUUUUGCCCUGAGCAGAGAGAAAUCUAGAACUUCAUUAACUAUGAACCACAAAAUUUGAGAUUCCCUGCAAACCGUUUGUAGGGUUUUGUAGCAUGAAUCCCACAUUUUAGUGCUCCCAAACCUAGUAAUUGAUACUCAGACCAGGGAUCAUAGGUUUUCCCUGAUACCAAACACUGUUCCAUUUACUCCAAAGUGGUGCCAAAGUUUUGUAGACAUUUUGUAGGGUGUUGUUUGGUAGGUCUGCCCCACCCCAACUGAGGAAUUGCUACUUAAACUGGGUGUAGUUUCAUUAACUACGGAGUAAGAUAGUAACCCACUUUUGGGGAUUGGCAAAAUGUGGGGGUUAACUACAAGAAGGCUGCGAAACAAUUGCAAAACUUUGGCAUUGCUUUGGAGUAAAUCACACAGUGUUGGAUUUUGAGUUUUGUUAAGCAGGAACCCUGGUUUGAUGUAUCAGUUACUGUGCUUUUUUGCGGUGUUGCCAAAGGUGGGCUUUUCACUGCAGAAUCCCUACAAAACAACUACAGAACUUUGGCACCAGUUUGGAGUGGAUGGGACAAUGUUGGGGUUUGGGGGGGAUACCUAGGAUACCAGUUUGAAUAUCAGUUAUUCCAUUUUGGGGGCCCUACAAAAUGCAGGGUUCAAGCUACCAAAUGCUACAAAAUGGCUAUGAAACAUGGCACCAGUUCGUAGUGACUAGGACAGUGUUGGAUUUCUGGGUGUUACCUACGAACCCCAGUUUGAUGUAGCAAUUACUCAGUUUGGUAGCCCUGCAAAAUGACUAGAAAAUCCUACAAAAGGUUUGGAGAGGAUCCAAUAUUCUAAUAUUUCUGUGUCAACCAGUUGAGGUUUUCACGAGGGUUUUCCUUCCCUUCAAAGGGAACAUAUAUACAUAUAUACAUAGAAUCAGAGUGCCUUUCCAUCCAGUCUGUGAAUAAUGAAUUUAAAAGGUAAAGUCACAUUUGAAGAAGGAAGACAGUUAGCUUAUCCUUGAGCUCUUUUACAUUAAUUCUUGCCAAUGUUUGAUUUUUGAAAAAGAGGGCAAUUCAGAAGUGCAUUAAAGUGCUUGGAACAGCUUAAUUGCAGGUUAAUGAUUUGCUUUUCUGUACUGUUAUACAUUCCUGUGAAUUACUUUUAAGCAAUAAAACAAAGUAAAGUUAUGCUAACUUUAUCUGAGCAAAUAUGAUGGUGUGGUAAAACAUAAUAGCAAACUUGAUCUAUGAAUUGAGACUAUGCAAAAAGCAACCCUGGUUGUUACAUUGUGGCCACAUUUACAUUUUGGAAACCAUUUCGUUAAGGAUAUUGAGAUUUGUUGGAAGGUCCCUAUUUGUCUCCCUGAGCUACGAUUGACAGAGUGAUUUAACAAUCAAUCCUACUUCCAGGGAACCACAACUGUUUAAAAUGUACCGUAUUUUUCGCCCUAUAGGACGCACUUUUUCCCCUCCAAAAAUGAAGGGGAAAUAUGUGUGCGUCCUAUGGGGCGAAUGCAGGCUUUCGCUGAAGCCUGGAGAGCGAGAGGGGUCGGUGCGCACUGACCCCUCUCGCUCUCCAGGCUUCAGGAAGCUAUCCGCAAGCCUUGGGAGCCCACGGGAGUUCCCGCCAGGCUCCCACGGCUUGCGGAGAGCUGCCUGCAUCCCGAAGCCUGGGGUGCACUGAGCAGUCAUGCCCCGGGCUUCGGGUAGCUCUGCGCAAGCCGCGGGAGCCCUCCCACCGCUUGCGGAGAGCAGCCUGUUCUGGGGGCUGGGGUCGGGGGAAGCUCGGGCUUCCCCCGCCCCAGCCCUGCGCCUGGGGGGGAAAUAAUUUUUUCCCCCUUUAUUCCCCCCCCCCAAAAAAAAACUAGGUGCGCCCUAUGGGCUGGUGCGCCCUAUGGGGCGAAAAAUACGGUAAUUAUAGUGAUUAAAAGUGGUGGUGUGAAUGUUGCCUAUAUUUUGUUCAUCAGUUUCAGGUGUUUGCAUGGAAUGACGGAGGGCAUGGCAUUGGCUGUCCCUGGGUUUAGGAGAUGCCCAGUAAUAGAUAUGGUAUUUUCUGGCUAGACUUUGUAACCAUAAUAUGCAAGUUUCCCUGGGCAAUCUUGAUGCUGUUCAUUGGAAAAAGAAGAUUGAAAUAAAUUCAUGACAGUCACUUCUACGUAUAGACCAUCUCCCUUUUCAAUAUUUUCUUGACAAUUGUGUGGAAACUAUACCUGGUGAGUUUCUGUGUGUCAGGGGAAAAAUGCCACAAAAAGGUGAGAAAUCCCACUUGUAACCUGGAAUAGCAUGCAUUUACUUCAUAUUAAACAUUUUACAGUAUAUAAUUAGAAUGCUUAGGAUAAAGUGUACUUCAUGUAGAUAACUGUUUAUCACAUAAGUUAUAACACUUCCUUUGUCUUGCUUCAGCAGGGGCCAGCAGCUUGCCAGGCACUCUCUCGCAACUUUCACUUCACUGUUUAUGGAAAGAAAAGUGCGUCUGCCAAAGUAUCUGAUUCAGUAAGUUCUUACUUGUCUGGCAUAUUGGACAUAUUCUAAUAGCAGCCUUCCCCAACCAUUGGUUGUGCUGGCUGUGUUGAUGGAAGUUGUCCUCCAUAAGAUCUUGAGGGCGCCAGGUUGCGGAAGUCUGUAGGAAGGCCGGCGUUAGACAUUAGCCAUGUGCCAGGUGCCCUUUGCGACUGGCGCGGGUCCAGUUGCAACCAUGUGGAGAUCUCUGGAUGCCAGGUUGGCAACUGACAUCUCCAUCUGGCUGGCCCUUCCAGCUUUCUUAAGCAGGUAAGCAGAAGAGCUUAUUUAUUACAUUUAUAUCCCAGUUUUUUCUCCCAGGGGUACAUGGUUCACUCCUCAGUUAAUCCCUACAACAACCCUGUGGUAGGUUUAGAGGCUGUGACUGGCCCAAGCUUCAUGACUGAGUGGGGAUUUGAACCCUGAUCUAGGGCUUAAUCCAACAUACUAACCACUACAUCAUUCUGGCUUCCUAGAGUACUUCUGCUAUGGGGCAGCUAUAUAAAUUAAGUAGGUGAAUAAAUACAAGGAAAGCAAAAUGUCACUUAGAGAAGGAACUGAAAUAUUUUCUUCGAAUCUUGAAUUUGUUUCAUUGUUUUAGUUGAUGUUUUCAUGUGUUGUAAACCACUUUGAGAUUUUUUUCUUUAAAAUAUAAAGUGGCAUAGAAAUGAAAUUAAUAAUAAUAAUAAUAAUAGAACUCAUUGUAGGGAGGGGGGAAAUGGUGCCUAGACAUUGCAUUGCGGUGACUGUAACCUCGGCUUAAGGUGCCAUUUGGUAAUUAGCUUAUAUAGCUGAAUUUCUAACACUGAUUAAGACGUGUGAAAAGAGUGGACUGGGCACUUGAUCGUAUUGCUUGCUCCUGAUUCACCAAAGCAUGGAGGGUCACAAAUCAACAGUGGGCAGCGUUAACUACAGAGUUUGAAAUUUGUUUUUUAAUACAGUGAGUUCAAGUGUGGUGCUCUCUACGUGUACGUGUAUAUUCAUUAUAAUUAUUCUAUGGUUUAUUUUGCUAGGUGUUGCAAAUGAUGUGGCUGUUCAUUUAUAUUUUUUUCUCAACCAGAUUUCAACACAGUAUCCUGUAGUGGACCAUGAAUUUGAUGCAAUUGUGGUGGGUGCAGGUGGUGCAGGUUUGCGAGCUGCGUUUGGCUUGUCUGAAGCUGGGUUUAACACAGCAUGUGUUACAAAAUUGUUCCCUACCAGAUCCCAUACCGUUGCUGCACAGGUAAGAGGCCAGUCAAUUCCAAUUUGUGGUUCAUAGACUAUAGACAGCGAAUGGAGUAAGCUGUGUGCUGUCUAGAUUUGGGUGUUGUACACUGGGUUACAUUGUAUAGAACCAAUGAGCCCAUCUGCUAUCUGCGGGCAUAAACUCUGUUACUGAAAUUGUGAUAAGCAGAAUGCAACUUAAGUGCAUUCAUAUAUUUGUUUUGCUCUUUUAAAAAAUUCUUAGUUCUCAAAGAGGCAACCCUGUGUCUGGACUCUACCACUUCACAUUGCACGUGGGGGUCACGGAACUCACUAUUCUGCCUUUAAAACAAACAAACAAACAAACAAACAAACAAACCAACCAAAAAGCCCCUCUUCACUUAGAAAAAUAGCAUGUCUGGGAGAAGGUUCCAGCCCAUCUCUUUCCUUGGCAUACUUUGCUAUGUUGUUAAAACACGAGUUUGGGGUGUAUAAUCCUUUAUUUUUACUAUUACCUAAAACAUCAGAUGAGAUAAUACUACACUUACAAAUUAUUCCAUACUCUCUUCACAAAGCAAAUGAAAUAUAUCAAGCUAUUUAUAGAUCCUUGGGAGUGCCUUUGUUCUAAGCUUAGUUUUUAGGAUGGCUGGUCCUUUGUCCAAAUGCUCUAGGGAAAAAGCCAUACAGCUUUUGAAGAUACAGAUCAGCUAAAUUUCUAAUUCUAAUUGCAGUUCUUAUGCUAUCUACUGACUAUUUCUGAAAACUUGUUUCAGAAUCAUCUGGACCUUGAGGCAUGAGGGACAGAUUUUAUCAGGAAAUGGCAGGUGUAAGACUAAUUUGAAUGGGUCACAAGGAAUCCACUGAAUAAUGUCCGCUUUCUCAGGUCUGGAUUGUGAAACAAUGAUUUCUCCAUCUGUGAAGGUUGCUAUCCUGGAAUGGGUUACCCCUUCCUCUUACUCCAACAAGCAGGACUUAUGCAGAUUAGCUUUAGAAUCCUUCUCCUUGACAGUUGGAGAGGUAACGGUUCUCUUCCAGUUGCUGGCCUCUGGGGCUUAAGCUCUGUCUUCAACUUUACUUGACUUUUUCUAGUGUUUUGUCUCUAGUUGAGCCUGGAUGAGGUAGUCAUCCAGAUUGCUGAUGGGGAGCUUCUGGUUCCAUCACUGUGGAAACAACUGCACUGGUUGUCCAUCUGCUACUGAGCCAGGUUCAGGGUUCUUGCAUUUAUUUGCAAAGCCCUGAACAACUUGGGUUCAGGAUACCUUAGGGAUUGCCUGAACCCUUAUAUUCCAGCUCAAUCACUGAGAUCUUCAGCAGAAGUGUCUUUGAUCAUGCCCCAAGUUGGUGAGCCUUAUUUGACAACAGUAGAGAAAUCAAGCUUUUAGUGGCAUUGACCCAGCCCUGUAGAACACCCUGCCAAUAGAGAUUCAGCAGGUGCCUUUUGUGUGAAAUUUUAAAUCUUGAAAGCAUUUUUGUUCUUCCAGGCCUAUCCUAUGCAAGGCAAGGAAGAGGACAUCCCACCCCCCCUCCCCAAUGGUCUAUGGAUAUUUAUUUUAAAUUUAUUUUUGCUUCUAACUUUUUAUGAUGAUAUUGUUUGGUUUUAUGUUUUUAUAUUGUUGUAAACGACUUGAUAUAUGGGGGUUGCAUUCCAGGUCAUUGCACGCAAUGAUGGAGCAUGCAUAAGCCUGUUAUGUCCCCCUGCACGCGCGCACACACACACACCGGUUCCAGCCACUUCUGGGUUGCUGUGAUUGCUGUGGUCCCAGCUGGUAAUGUCAGACCUUAAUCCUUGAAGGGAUAAAGUCGCAGGACUCAUUAACUGUUGGCGUCAAGUGUUUGUUGGUUUUAAUGCAUUUAUCUUCUUCUCAACCAUUUAGGGUACUAUAAAUUAAACCACGUGUUUGUGGCUGCAGCUUCUACAGGUGCACCUGAUAUUAGGUCUGAGAUUGAGUAGCAGAAGCUGUUAUCAUAAAGUGAUAAUUUUCUUCCUCUCUUCUACUCCUGCUCUAUCCCCCUUUCUUCAGAUUUGAAGAAGCAGGCAAGAUGGGCUUGUAGGCAGGUGCAUCCCUGUGACAAAUUGGAUUGGGCAUCUGAAGGUUCCCACAGAUAAGAAAAGAGGAAAACAAUUCUGAGCAGGAUGCUGCAAGUUCCUAAGCACUAGCGACUGGGGAUCCAACACUUAGAGCUGCACCCAUCAUCCAAGCUGUGGGGGAACCGAAGACCCGAUGAUCAGAUGAUCUCUUGGCUAGAGAGGACACAGACUUUCAGUCCUCUAUUUACACAGAGAGGACAGUGAGUGGUUCAAUAAAGAGGCACCCUGCCUUAAAGCAGCAUUCUCUUGCUAGAGCUGUAACUAUUUUGGAACUUGGGGAAGAUCAGGCUGCCUGUCCCACUCCCACUCCUGGCCUUUAGGCAAGAGGUUUAUCCCAGGUCCUGGGGGCCAAACUGAGUCAUUAUGUUUACAUGAGGUAUUUACGAAGACUCUCAAAGUGGAAUUGCAUCUGUUCUAAUGAAUUAGGGACAUGACUAAAAAUUGUGCACAAUGCCUGCUUCAGGGAAGAAGAUGUACUUAAGGAGCCAUGCACCCAUUGCAGUUUUAAUGGAGCAAUAAGGAGAAUGAUGUGGUUGAAACACUGAACCUGGAUGCAGGCUGUAAGAUUAACCUUUCCAGUACUGUGGCCGUAAACUGCUUGGUGAUAAAGCACUGAUUGAGAUGCUGGAAGAAGCCAUGGAUAAAACGAAAGCCAUACCUAGAUUAAACUAUAAAGGAACUGAUUGCUAAGUAUUGCAUUUAAGUAAAUGUUUGCUUUUAAUUUCCAGGGAGGAAUCAAUGCUGCUUUGGGGAAUAUGGAAGAGGAUAACUGGAGAUGGCAUUUCUAUGAUACUGUCAAAGGCUCUGAUUGGCUGGGAGACCAGGAUGCAAUUCAUUAUAUGACAGAACAGGCUCCUGCUUCAGUUAUUGAGGUAUAAGUAGCACCGUAUAAAAUGAGUCUUUCUGAAAUACUCUUUCAUGACUGACUACUAUAGCAGUUGUGAAAAAUGAACAAACCUCCUCUUGAGGUAUGUUCAAAACCAUUUUUUCUUUGUAGGAGAAACCAGUUUUCUCAUAGUGAAGAUUGCAGUGUUUCAUUAUAUUUGCGUGUUCUGAUUCUGUAAACUGCUCCAGAACUCUAUUGCUUCAUAGUAAGGUCAGAUGGUACAGUAUUACUUCAUUCUAUAGAAUGUGGUGCUCCAGCAGAUUGUUAUAGGGUGCAUUACAGCUGUGAAUAUGCCGACACUGCCUGUAUAUCCCUGAGGAUAUACUGAGCCACAACAAAGUUGUUCCAGAGGGAAGAGUUUCUUACAGUGGCUUGGAGAAUGAACACAACUCGCAUUAACUGGUGGAGGUCUCCUGCUUUGAUCUAGUUAAUUUCCCCCUAUUUUUUAGAAAGUUCCCAAAUGUUCAUAAGCCAGAUUCCUGAAACUAGGACGCAGUGUGUGCAAAUCAAAAGUUUAUUUAGCCUAAGUUAACUUUUUUGUUUUCACAUGGCAGAUUCUUUCUAAAAUUGAAAUAUGUGUAAAGCAGACUUUCCUUGUUUUCAUGCUGAUGGUUAAAUGGCUAAUAAGUUCCACUUGGAUUCCUUAGCUGGAGAAUUAUGGCAUGCCGUUUAGCAGGACAGAAGAUGGGAAGAUCUAUCAGCGUGCCUUUGGAGGACAGAGCCUAAAGUUUGGGAAAGGGGGACAAGCUCAUCGAUGCUGUUGUGUGGCUGAUAGGACAGGCCACUCUCUGCUGCACACACUCUAUGGUCGGGUAAGAAGAUGCUGGUGGGGCAGAGAAUCAAGAUCACUGAAUUUAAUUAGUAGGAUCACUUUUGAAAUUGAUAGUUGCACUCCUAUCAGUAACUGACUCAGAAAAACUCUUAGCCAGCACAUCCAUGUGUCUUCUGCACAGUCAGAAAAAACAAACAGGAGGCAUGUGUGGCGAUCACACAGGGUCCCUGAUUGUUUUACCGUCUAUUGAUCCCUGUGCCACCAUUUUAUUUCUCGCUGCCACCACCCAGGCCCUACCUGGUACAAUACUGAGUCCAGCCACGGUUAAAUUGGAACAUAAACUACUGUUUAUUUAUUGCAGUUUAACAAGCGUGUGGAUUUAUAAACGGUAUCAGUCAAUUACAAUCAUGGGGUGCCUAUCCAGACCUAUAACUUCCACUACCUGCUCUCACUCACUAAACCACCUCUCAGAUAUUUCCUUGUCUCCCUACCCUAGUUCCUAAUUGUUCCUGACUCAGCUUAUUUUGCUACACUAACUCAACCUACCCACAGACUCUAUCCCAAUUCACUCCCACUCCAACCAACAACCCAACUCCCAACGAACUCCUUCCGCCCCUCCCAGAGCUGGUUUUAUAGUCCCUCUGACUCCACCCCCUGGGUUCUGAUUGGGUAACUUGUUUAACUAUUUCACCUCCAGCACCCUCAUAUAUUAACAACACAGCGUGCAUUUCUAGAUACAGCAGCACUCAUGAAACGCGCUACACGAUAUAUGUUUUUCUAUGUUUCAUUGACAAAUGGUGUUGUUUUAAAAAACAUUUUACAAGCUGCCUUUUAUGCUGUUAGGGAGCACUCAGAAGGUAGUAUACUACAAAAUUUAAAACAUCAAAAAAGCAAGCAUAAGAUGCAUUCUCCCUGUCCAUUUCCUGGCACAGGUAAUCCACAAGGAAAGGAGUAGCCCAUGUUUUCCUCUCCAUGUAUUGUUGAACUGUAACACCCAUCAUCCCUGACUAAUGGAAUUAUCAUACUGGAGUGAUAUUUAUGAACUGCCUAAAAUAGGUUGGUUCUGACAAAUUAAAAUUAGUAAAGACUUGCUUCCAGGGUUACAGUCUCCCCAAAAACCUAAUGUUGUUGAAUAAUGAUAAUAAUAAUAAUAAUAAUAAUAAUAAUAAUAAUAAUAAUACAUGUUUCUUCCCCUCUCCCCCUUUAGUCUCUUCGAUAUGACACGAGUUACUUUGUGGAAUAUUUUGCCCUUGACCUCCUUAUGGAAAAUGGAGAAUGUUGUGGUGUUAUUGCACUUUGUAUAGAAGAUGGAACCAUACAUCGUUUAAGAGCAAAAAAUACGAUUAUCGCCACUGGGUAAUAUUAAUGAGCUGUUCAUACUGAUGAUAUGUGAAUGUACUUCCUGGAAUUGUCUGUCAUUCUGGCCUCGGGCUAGAUCAGGGAGGAGUCUAUUGCUGUUAUCCUUUUCUCCCCCCCCCCCCACAGAGAGAGUGUGCUUCCACCAACACUCACUGGGAAGCCUCAAAAUCCUCCUCCCUUUGGGUUAUUUUUCCUGCCCUUAAUACUGUGAGCCUUGCAUCGUGCCCAUUAAACAAUUCUUUCCCUUUUCCUAUUGAAUAUGAGGGGGAAAUCAGACUUCAUGUCAACAAACAUAUGCUCCCAACACUUUGUUUGCAAAGAUGAAAGGGAAAGCAGAGAUGGGCACUGCUUACAAAAGAUUAUGAAGUCAGACUUUUACUCUAAGAUCAUUUUACACUUUAAAGUAGCAAUUUCAUACAAUAUAUAAUUUUCCUAAACAUAAUAAAAAAAGAAAUUACCUCUGCUUAAUUGUAUUUUUAUUCUAAUGACUCACAUUGAGUUAGAAGGGAAUGGGAAGGAAGAGUGCUGUAGUUUCCCAAGGCCAGCUGGUGCAUAUUUAAAAGGUGGGAACUGCAAGCUGCUCUUGCAGAGAAACAGUUGGGAAUGUAGUCUUUAUCCUUUGAUGCUUUGCAGCUGUGUCUUUGCAUCCCCCGUGUCUAGUGCUGGCCGUGGCAUCUGGUGUAGGUGGAUGUGGCUGAAGAGUGAAUUGCUUUACAGCUGGCAUGGCCAAACUUGGCCCUCCAGAUGUUUUGGGACUACAACUCCCAUUAUCCCUAGCUAACAGGAUCAGUGGUCAGGGAUGAUGGGAAUUGUAUUCCCAAAACAUCUGGAGGGCCAAGUCUGGCCAUGCCUGCUUUACAGGAAUCCAGAGGUUCCCUCUGUCUAGUUUACAGUGAAUGCGCUGUUCCUAACUGGGAUUGCUGUUCCCAGUUAGCAUGUGGGAGCAACAAACCACAGUUCUUGUGCCCAAACCAGGGACUAUGUUUUGUUUUACACCAACGAAUUACGAUCCGAAGCCAAUCAUGGUUGAAAGAUUAGGACAAAAGGGGGAAAACAAACUAAACAAGACAAAAUUUGGAACAUAGGACCAAUACAAAAGGAUUAAUCUCUAACAUUUAUUUACAUCUUGAUAGAGAUAAAAUUAUAUUGGAUGGUUUGAAAAUAAUAUGGGUGAGUGAUACUGGAAUAGCAAAAGAACAAAAUGUAUGGGAGAAAAUAUGGAUGAUUUUAUCAAAGAAAGCAAUAUCAUCAACCCAUGGGGAGAAUUCUUUAAAAUUAUUACAUCAGUGGUAUAUUACACUAAUAUGUCUGCAAAUGCAAAUAAUACAAAAUGUUGGAGAAAUUGUAAUUGACAAGGGGUGUGUGUGGGUGUGGGUGUGGGUGUGUGUGGUGGCCAUUUUUUGUAUCAUAGUCAUGUACUAUGAUAUUUUUAUAGAAAUGGCAAAUAUCACACAUCAAAAACAAUCACACACUAACAUUAACUCUUUUAACAAUUUGGGCAGAACAAAAUGAGAAAGUGAGACCCGUGGAACAAAUAGUAUUCAUAUUGAUGGCUGCUUGCAGGGUGAUAACCAAAAAUUGAAAAACUGCAGAGUAUUUGACAUUGGACUGUUGGUACAGAGAACUGUGGCAAAUAGCGAUGGGAGAAAAAUUAACCCACCAAUUCAAAUUAGCUAAAGAGAAAGCAGAAAUACCUGAUUUUUAUAACAGAGGUUUAUUAUUCCUGCUCGCAUAGUUGAGCAACUGAAUCAGGAGAAAUCUGCACGUUAUGGUCAAUCAUUAGCCAUGGCUUUCCAUGGUAAGUGUAUGCAGCUGAAAUCGUUGGGUUUUCUUUGUGUGUGUGAAAUGUACUGGCCAGAUACUAAUAAUGAGCUCUUUUCCUAGAGGAUAUGGGCGCACCUACUUCAGCUGUACAUCUGCUCACACCUGUACUGGAGAUGGCACAGCAAUGGUAACACGGGCUGGCCUGCCUUGUCAGGAUUUGGAGUUUGUGCAGUUUCAUCCCACAGGUAAAAUGAUGUUCUAUAACAUUACAGACAACUAAGGUUACUGUGAAACUCUUUAACCUUUAAAUUAUACCUCAUUAAACCUUUAAAUCCAGGGUGGGCAUUUGGGAUUGGAGCAGCCUACAGCUGCUGAACUUCUUUCUCAUGGCAGAUGAGUAGUUCUCUCUUGCGGUACGUAGUUUGGAUGACAGUUCCAUCAGAUUAAAAGGAUUUACACAAGCUUGUAUAUCUGAUUAUUGGAGCUGUCUUUUGAAUCUUAAAGCAAUUGAUAGCUUUCUGCCUGUGUUACAACCAUGAAAAAGUAUAAUACAUCUUUAGCUUGUUCAUGCUAGGGACAUAUUCAUGAGAAACAACAACAUUAGAUCCCUCCUAGAAAGUAGAUGAGAAAUGGUUGUCUGAAGAGGCUAGCUAUAGAUAAUGACUGUCUUGGAAACAUUUAAGAAAAAUGUCUAUACAGGCAGUGACUGUUUUAGGCGCAUCUGAUAUGUGUGCGACCAUGCAUGCGUGCAUCACGCUGAACCCAGAAGUGGCUCAAAAAAUCACGAAAACGUUACAAAACGGGGUGGGGCAAUGGCAGAACAGAGUGUUUGCAGUCUUUUUCAGUCGUGUUUCACAUGUAUGUGAUUUCACUAAGCCGUGCAGUGUCUCGGAACGUAACCCCAAUGUAAAUGUAAAAAUGUGAAGCAGGUUUGGAAAUACUUUAAUGUAUUUAUUAAGUGUCUUGUAUUAAUGUAUCCUGAUCUUCUUUUCUGAAGAGUGCCCAGAGGGUGCUAUCAUAAAAUCCAAUGAAACCAUAUGUGAUAUGUAGUAAUUAAAAUGUGAGUUAUAAAAACAGCACUACCUGUAUGUAAUUAUCCGCUUCCAAAUGCGUAUACAGUACAAAUAAAAAUGUCUUCAAAUUCCUUUUGAAAAUAAUCAGGGAACUGCCAGACUUGACUUGGGAAGAAAUUCCAGAGACAGAAUGCCUCUCUCUUUCCUUUGCAACCUCCUAGCACCCACAGCAGUGAUACUUCAAGAAGAGCUUCUCUCUCUGAUCAUAAACUGUGUGUUGGGACAUACAGAGAAAGUCUUUGUAUACUUAGAGCUUUGUAUACCAAUGUCAACACCUUGUAUUACUGGCAGCUGGUGCAGUGCUGUCAGAAUUGUUGCUGGCCCUCUGGCUGCUCUGCUCAACAGCUGAGCUGCCAUAUUCUGAACCAGCUGCAGCCUUGUGACUGUAUAAUAUACAGUAGUUUAAGCCACUUGCUAUAUCUCAAGAUUGAAACUCUGCCUCUGCCGGUUCCUACUCUUUCUACACCAAAGAUUCUGUCAACUUUCAAAGGGAUAGACAAGUUAAUCUGUUGUAGCAGAGUUCUGUACUACCCUAAAGAUUACACUUUUGUGAACUAGUACUUGUUUUGUCAGGUGCGUAAGGUGGCAUCUUAUGUUGGCAGUUGUAAAUAUGGAGAGCUUGUGUACUUUGGGAUUAAAAACCUUUUAAAAGCCAAGGCAGUACAGCUGUCAUUUUCUGUUCAGAGCCCUACAAAAGUGGAAGCUGGCCCAGCAUAUUCACAAAAGCAACCAUUCAUGGUAAAUAAAAUAACAAACAAAUGUCAUAACAAGAAAAAUGGCAUUAUUUUGCAUAAAGUGAAAGCUAACCUAAAUCAUAAUGUAGUCUGAUUUUUAUAAUACUCUACUAGUUUCUGAUAUGCUAUCUUGGCAGCCUCAUGCUAGAGAAUUCCACUGAAGAAUGGCAGCCUUAGAAUCAGCAGCAGAAUGUCUUAGGAGAGUGAAAUACUCUCUGCCAUAUUUUAGUAUUUAUUUGGGAUGCAACAAAAUACCACCAGUCUCCAGUUAAGUGUAAAAUAGUGUUUUGUGGAAAGAGAGAGAACAAGUUUGAGUGAUUUCACUGAAGGAAGAAUUGGAACUAAUAUUCUGCUAGCAGAAGUGUUUAUAUCCUGCUUUACGUGUUCAAAGCACUUCCCAUACAUCUUCAGUAUUCAAGAGCCCUGUAGAGUUGGUAGUUUGCCAUCCCUAUAUUGGCAGAUGUGAGAGAAUGCUGGCUUUUCAAAAGCCAUUCAAAGAACAAGCUUGAUUGAUUAUCAAAGCCAAGAUUUGAAGCUGGUACAUACACUAUAUUGGAUAUUAAAAUGUUGGUGUCUCAUUCUAGUACUAUGACAUUGAGGAACAUCUGUAAAAUAUAGUCCCUAACAAGUUUAUAAUGUAGUGACUGCUUGUUUUGCAGGUAUUUAUGGAGCUGGCUGCCUUAUUACAGAAGGCUCCCGUGGUGAAGGAGGCAUUCUGAUUAACAGUGAAGGUGAAAGGUUUAUGGAGAGAUAUGCACCAGUUGCCAAAGAUCUAGCUUCAAGAGAUGUUGUGUGUCGUUCAAUGACUAUUGAGAUCCGAGAAGGAAGGUAAGUCUGGUUUUCUGUAACUGCUACCUUUCAAAUAUGAUUAUAGAAGAUGUGGUAUUGCUCAGUUUGUAAACAUUGACCAAUCCAGUAUCUUAAAGACUUGGUUCCCCAAAUGUUGUUGAACCACAACCCCCAUUAUCUUGGACCAUUUGCAGUGCUGACGGGGGAUGGUGGAUGGUUGUAGUCCAACAGCUUCUGGGAACCCAGGAUUAAGGAAAGCUAUCUUAAAGAAUAAUAGUAUUUCACUCAGACCAUAUUGAACAUGUCCUCCUGGCAAUACAGUUCUUCCCAGGAUUUAGGAGACAGGUGAGUGCGUACAAAUGUAGGGAUGUUUAUGACCUACAGACUGGAAGAAGGGGGUGUAGGGCACAUGGACAAGCCUCAGACUUGCUACCUCAUAUGAGACCUAAUUGUAAGAAAUGUGUUUUAUUUAUUUAAACUUUACGAUCUGUUAGUAAAUAGAAAGUGAAAUGUGGGUUGAAAAAGAUGGCUAGUUCCUGUCACCAAGAGAGCUGUUCUUGUUUUGCUUCCUAUAUAAGAUGAUGAAUGACUUUAAAAGUUUGCCUCUAGAUAGGACUGUGAAAAUGAAUGUGUUUAUAACACUUUUUCUUUUAACAUCAGAGGAUGUGGGCCUGACAAAGACCACGUGUACUUGCAACUGCAUCAUUUGCCACCUCAGCAGUUAGCAACUCGUCUUCCUGGGAUUUCAGAAACUGCUAUGAUAUUUGCUGGUGUGGAUGUUACCAAAGAACCCAUUCCUGUUCUGCCCACUGUUCAUUACAAUAUGGGAGGUAUUCCUACAAACUACAAAGGACAGGUAAUUUUCCAGAAGUAAUAUUCAAAUAGGAAGUAUUCUAAACUGAAUAUUGUGGGUGUUUUCUGCAUACUGAUUGAUAUAAUUGUGAAGAAAUAGCAACUUCACAGCCCACUUUGACAGGUGGACGGGUCUGCCUUCCUGUUAGUCACCUGACAUUAGGUGAUUAAAAGUUCAAGCUGUAGCUGCAAAGGGAGAUUCUUCCUUUGUAGUCCUGGCUCUUCCCUUCACAUCUCCACACCAGGAAUGCAAAUGAAGAAUUUGCAGGUAUUCAGGGCUAACCAGGUCCACCUUUCCUGAGCAUGAUGUUUUGUGACAUUUUCCCUUGUUAACGUAGGUUUGGUUAGCCCAAAAUGGCCUGAAUGCCAACCUCCAAGGCCUGGCAGACCUAAUUUGGCCUGUGGUCUUUGGUUCUCCCUUCUCUCUCUGCCUUCUGCCAUCACCACCUUCACUCCUUGUGUUAGCCAACAGCUUUUUAAAAAUGACUACAAGAAAGUCAGUAGUAAAAAUGGUGACAAAGACUGUGUGUAUCCCACCCUCAAAACUGUGUAGCUCCUUUUGCUCCUACCUUUGCUGUGCUCUCACUAACUUCUGCAUUGGGGAGACUUCUCUGUCCAUGGAGGAUCUCUGCAUGGUUUUAGAACCCACUAUAAUCAGGGUUCUAAAUCAUGCAGGGAUCUUUCUGCAGUGAGAAGUCUUCUCCACACAUGAAGUUAUGCUGAACAUAACAGUGCCAGGAACAGGAGGAGCUGGGUGACUUUUGGAGUGGGGUAAAUGCGUGGUCCCAUUACCUCUGUCACCACACUUGCCCUCUUCAUGUGAGCAGUGCGUGAAUAGAGUCACUGUCAUGCUUAUAUUGAUUUCACACUUAUUUUUAAUGGCAGGUGAUUACUCAUGUAAAUGGCAGAGAUCAAAUAGUACCUGGCUUGUAUGCUUGUGGGGAAGCAGCCUCUGCCUCUGUACAUGGCGCUAAUCGUCUUGGAGCAAACUCACUCUUAGAUUUGGUGGUCUUUGGCCGUGCGUGUGCUCUUAGCAUUGCGGAAUCCUGCAAACCUGGUAGGUCUCCUUGCUUGUUUCUCAUUUCCCUCGAAAGGCUUUGAAAGGGCUGGGUACCUUUGAGCAUUAGAGCCCAAACCAGCAUGCUCUCAACCAGCCCUUUAGUCAGGAGAGGUUGGUGCUGCUCUUUCAAGCAGGGGCACCUUCAAACAGCAGGGAGCAGCUGACCACUCUUUCCACAUUUUCCUUCCCAGGGGAAAGGCUGAGGAAUUGGGGCUUGCAUGGAGAAGUGGGACUGGUAACAGCUUUUCACUUGACCAGCAAGGUCAAGAAACUCUAUUAAUGCCUAUGAAAAAAUAUUUCCCUUCCUACCAAAUUUAUCAGAAGGGGCUGGGCAGGCACUGAGAAUUUUACUAGGAAAUAAUGGAAUUGCUGAUUGGCAAUAUAUUCCUCUUGUUCCUUGCCUUCCCCCCUCACCCUGACUGCUAUCUAAUUUUUGUAGACUUAACUUUAGCUGAAUCAUGCUUGUGUCUACUCUUAAUUAGGAGAACCAGUUCCGUCAAUUAAACCAAAUGCAGGUGAAGAAUCUGUAGCAAAUCUUGACAAACUGCGCUUUGCCAAUGGAAGCUUAAGAACUUCGGAUCUGAGACUUAAUAUGCAAAAGGUAUAUAAAAGGUUUGCUUGGAGGCUAGGCUAAUAACAUGUAAUGUGAAUUGCUAAAACAGAUAUAUAAUGUUUUGACUUGAAAACUGGAUUUCUGGCCUUUCUAAAAUGAUUUUCUUCUUUUUAAAAUUUUGUGCUCUGGUAUUUUCGAGAUGGAGGGGCUGAUUAUCCAUUCAUGAUCUAAAAGUUGGCAAACACCCAUGAAACCUAGGUUGAAACUCCUGUUCAGGUGCAAAGCUUCCUAGGUGACCUUCCUUAACUUUCAGCUUAAGCUGCUUCAGAUGGUUGUAGUAAACUGUGCUCAGAAUACAAACAGGAUGUUCCUCUGCAAAUGGAACCUGCUUCUACACUCCAUCCCUAAGGGCUGUUGCACUUCUCAAGUUAAAUUUGCUUUCAUGUCCAGAACCUCAGCACUCUACUCCUUCCUUUUUAUACAUAGGUAGAGUUGCAUUCAGAGUAUUUCAGAUUUAUACAGAUUAUGAAAGAUAGCAGGCUGGCUGUGUUGAUAUGUGUUAAUGGUUACAUAUUGCAGCCCAGAGUAAAUUCUCUUGGAAGUGAUGGAGCCAUUAAGAAAUAGCCAGGGCAGCUUAGGCACCAGGGUGAUUUAACCGAAGACAAUGGUGUUACUGCACAUGAGUAUGGACUUGAGGGUUUGUAGAAAGUGAUAUGGGUGUAUUCAAACAGAUUUUGACGACUGAACAUUCUGGCAGCUGUAGGAGGUUAAUUUUUUCUUCGAAUUUCCAAUCAAUGUAUUGUUUCUCAAUUUCUAUUUAUAGACAAUGCAAACCCAUGCUGCAGUGUUCCGUACAGGUCCUGUCCUACAGGAGGGUUGUGAGCAAAUUAGCAGUCUCUAUAACAGCAUGGAUGAUUUGAAGACAUUUGAUAGAGGUAGACUGUCUGAAUGUAGCAUUGUAAGCGUGGCGUUUUCUUAGAGGUGUGCAAGUAAAUGAUUGUGGCAUCUAUCAGCAUAUGCAGUUCAGAGAACUUUGAUGUUAAGAAAUGUAACGUCAGUUUGACUUAAAAACAAGUACAGUGGUACCUCAGGUUACAUACGCUUCAGGUUACAGACUCCGCUAAGCCAGAAAUAGUGCUUCAGGUUAAGAACUUUGCUUGAGGAUGAGAACAGAAAUUGUGCUGCGGCGGCGCGGCGGCAGCAGGAGGCCCCAUUAGCUAAAGUGGAAUUUCACCAGGCUUUGUCUACAUACUUAGAGGUCAUCUCUGUAAAUAUAAGGUCUAAUAAUUAGCUUAAAAAUUGUUUCUGUGCUUAUCUGUGCACUCAAAUGCAAUACAUUCUGCCUUGUUGGAAGAGCUAUUUUGUAAGGUGGUAAAUCAGUCAGACAAAUUAUGUUACUCCAUCAGAUCACAGAUGAUAGGACCACAUCUCCCCGUAUGAACUAAUUCAGACCCUGCGGUUAUCAUCUGAGGCCCUUUGUGUGCCUCUACCAUUAGAGGUCCGGAGGGUGGCAACGCAAGAAUGGGCCUUUUCCUCAGUGCCUCCCUGUCUGUGGAAUGCUCUCUCCAGGAAGGCUUGCCUGGUGCCUUCAUCACAUAUAUUUAAGCACCGGUGGUACAGUUGAAUUAAUGACUUUUUUGUAUUUCUAUCAUUUCCCCCCGAUAUUAGUGGGGAAGAGAGCAGAGGGGAGAGUGCUGCCCUUUUUCCUGUGAUAUUUUUUCACAUUUUUAACUAGGAAUAUAGCACAGACUUGAGGCUCAUGACACUGACACAAUUGUUAUAGUUUCUAAGCUGCAUGCAAGACAGCUUUGCAGGCCAUGACUCAAACAGUUUUAUAUGAGAAACCCACAGAGACAUGUUUUCUCAGAAGCCAGUGUUCACUUCAGGAUAGAGUGCAUAGAAUUGCAGCCUUGGUCUACAAGCAGAGUUGUUCUUUUGUCUGAUUUGUAUAUUGGGACUGCUGAAAUGCCCCUAACAUUUCAUUGUACCUUUAGGUAUUGUAUGGAAUACUGACUUGGUGGAGACUUUGGAACUACAAAAUCUAAUGCUCUGUGCUUUACAAACUAUUUAUGGUGCAGAGGCUCGGAAAGAGUCACGUGGUGCUCAUGCUAGGGAGGAUUUUAAGGUAUGCACAACUUCUUUAUGUAUCAUCUGUGGCCCACCCCUGCUCUCACCAUCCCUGAACAUUGAUCAUGUUGGCUGGGGAGGGGGAAAGAGGAACGGCAUAUGGAAAUAGUGGCAACAGUUCCAGGAAGGUGCAGAAUCCUGAGACAAAUGGAGCUUUCCUCUUCUGAGCAGCCAGAGUGUGUUGAACAGUUCUCAUUGAAACAUAUUGGGUAUAUAUGUGUUGCUGCUACCCCUGGUACUCCCAACCUGAUUUGGAAAGAAAAAAACCUUGAAAGGACUGCUGCUUUGUUGCAAGGACAAAUCUUCCUGUGUGGUUUUAGGAGAAGCAUCAGAAUUUUCCUGUUUUAUUCCACAUCUAAUGUCGGUAUUGGAGAAGUAUUCCAGUCUACAAAUGCUUACAUUUGUAGCAGCAGGUUACAUGUGACUGCAUAUGUACAUAUUAAUCAGUGUGAUACAUUAUUAGUGCUUGGGGCUGGGGAAGAUUAAGGGAGUUGGGUGGGCCAGGUUCAGAAACACUUGAGCUUUAAAGCAAAAUUUGCGCAUCGCUGCCCAGUCACACCCCAGCUUCCAUUUCGUUGCCAAUGAGCCAAUUUAUUUUUAAAGCAGAAUUGCACGUACCAACAUGUUGAACUGGAGGUACCUCAGUAAUUAAUUUUGUAAGAAAGAAGCACAGCCUCAGCUGCUCCACAAUCUCACGGAGAUGUCUCUAUCAGUGCCCUUUUUGACAUCUCUUCUAAAUGAGUGUUGUGGGUACUAUCAGCACCUUUUAAAAAUCAGAAUUAUUGGGCUUUCAGGACAGCACUUCCACAUUUCAGUUGUUUAUAAUGCAGCUAAAAUAUUUAAUCCAGGAUCUCUAUAUAAUAAAAGAUAAGGCAAUGCGUGUCCACAGACACAACAAAAAAGCUGGUUUCACUGAGGAGGUAAUGAAAGCUAGAACCUAAGGAGUUGCACAUUUGUAGAAGAAUAGGUAGUGCUUCCAUAUUCAUUUCUAGCUCUUCUAAAUUCCUAAAGAAACUAGAAUGUUCUUUAAUAUUUAAGGCUGUUUGGCACAUGGCUGGUGUCAUCUUCUGAGCAGAGCUUUGGGUCGUUGCCAUUAUCUCACUCUUACAUUGUGUUGCUUAGGUAAGGAUUGACGAAUAUGACUAUUCCAAACCAAUCCAAGGGCAGCAGAAGAAAUCAUUUGAUCAGCACUGGAGAAAGCAUACUCUCUCUUAUGUAGAUGUCAAGACUGGGAAGGUAUGUGAUUCCCCCCCCCCACCUUGGCCUUUGAAAUUAGGAAUCCUGUAUAUCCAGCAUACUGCUUUUGGUAGUGUGGGACUUGUUUUCCAACUAAAAGAACUCAAUUUAAAGAAAUUUUGAUUUCUCUUUUGGAUUGUAAUGAAGUUGAUUAAUUUUAAGUGCAAAAUAAUAAAGUUGUAGCUUGACUCUUGCUGUGCAGUCAGCUUUCUAACAAAGACAAACAACUGGUUUUUUUCAGGUUACUCUGGAUUAUAGGCCUGUAAUCGACAAAACCCUCAAUGAAGAAGACUGUGCAACAGUGCCACCAGCUAUUCGUUCCUACUAGUGACUAUCACUGAGUUCCUUGUAAGUUUCCUGGUACAGAAGUGAACAUCAUGCAGCUUACUACUAGACAACUGUAAUGCAUUAAGUUUGAGAGGAUCUUCAUUUGCAGCAGAAUCCAGGCAGCUUAGUAUACUGGCCCAUUGCUUCAUGCGUUAAUAUAUCAUGGCAAUACAGAGCUCAUGCAGCAAAGUAAUCUCAUAUUGUCUCUGCUUGAGUUUGUAGGUUUCUCUAAGUAGCUGGAGCUCUGCACGCAAUUCGUAUGUAUUACCUUUAUUUUGACUGUGCAAUUUUGUAUUGACUUUCUUAGAGCGAUACAUUAAAAGAGUAAAUGCAGUAUGGUGGUUAAGAGAAACAGCAGCAUUUAUCCAAUAGUUGGAAGUACUUACACCCAUUGAAAUGAAAGGGUUUAAGUGGACUUAACUAUUGGAUUGUGGUCUUAGAACUUUAUAAUUCUCUACAUUUUACAGUUCACAUUACUUAUUUAAAUCACAGUUGCUGCAACUAUAACUUGUGAACAGUGUCAAGCCUAAACCAAAUAUCAUAGCAGAUCCAUAACAGCUUGGUAGGACUUUUCUGUCUGUUGGCAGACACUAAAAUUUUAAAGAAUCCAGCUCUCUCUCCCUUAAAUAUCUUUACCUAGGUGAAUAAUACACUGUUGAGAAUUGAAAGUUGUAUAUCUGGCAUUCUUUGUAAGGCAUUCUUUGUUUGGAGUGUGUCUCUGAAAAGGGUCACAAUGUAUAGAUGGAUAUUCUUUCCGAUGCUUCAGUGCUGUCGUAUCAGUAUCGUCUGAAAAAUCUGAAACAAAGUUUUCCUAACUGCUUUCUGAUUUCAUUGAGAAGUGUGCAUAUUAUGUAUUUACUUUGUAUUUGUAAAAAUCCAGCACAUUAAAUAGGACAAGAAUAUAAGUACAGCGUGUGCCAGCACUGAAACAGUUCUAUCAAUUUCUCCAUUAAUGUUGUUCAACAUGUGUGUGUUCUUGGAUUUCACAGAUUAAUUUUUUGUAAUUAGAAUUUUAGCAUAUGCGGAGUAAUUUCUUUCCAGAAGGCUUUUCUCCAUGAGUAAGAAUUCCAGAUAUCUUUAGUGCAAACAUGCUUUUUAUUCACCCCUGCCUCUCUGAAGAUGUUUAAAAAGGGAUGGAAUCCCCUUUUAUGCAGAAUCCAAGAACACCCCAGAAAUAGUAGAACAUAAAUAUUUUAUACACACGUCUCUGGCUAUACAUGUCCUAGGUAAAGGUAAAGGGACCCCUCCUGACCACUAGGUCCAGUCGUGGCCAACUCUGGGUUGCGGUGCUCAUCUCGCUUUAUUGGCCGAGGGAGCCGGCGUGCAGCUUCCGGGUCAUGUGGCCAGCAGGACUAAGCUGCUUCUGGCGAACCAGAGCAGCGCUGUUUACCUUCCCGCCGGAGUGGUACCUAUUUAUCUACUUGCACUUUGAUGUGCUUUCGAACUGCUAGGUUGGCAGGAGCAGGGAUCAAGCAACGGGAGCUCACCCCAUUGCGGGGAUUCGAACCGCCGACCUUCUGAUCAGCAAGUCCUAGGCUCUGUGGUUUAACCCACAGCGCCACCCGCGUCUUAGUUCACAAAUAAAAGCUUAAAAUACAAAAAUUCAUGGGGAAAUUAUGAAAAAAGAGGCUUAAUUGUAUAAAUUCCCAAUACAGCCCUGUAUCGUGAAGUUUCUAAUAUUUGAUGUUUUAUUAUACUUUUAUAUUUUGCUAGAAGCCACCCAGAGUGGCUGGGGAAACCCAGCCAGAUGGGUGGGGUAUAACAACAACAACAACAACAACAACAACAACAACAACAACAACAACUGUUGUUGUUAAAACUGCAUACAACUUAUAAGUGAGGUUUGCUGUCUCUCUGGUAUAUACAUCUAGGAUGUACUGGAAAGCUUAUCAAGCCCACUGACUGUUAGCCCUUUCUGCUGAUUCACAUAAGGAAAAAUGGUACUGCCACACUCGGCUUUGAACACACUGCAAGUGAAUAUGAGGCUCUUGGUAGCACACCGUUGGUGGUUUGUUACUCCUUCCUGCUGAAGGUUUUGGGCUAAAAAGAGAAUGAAUACUAGAAGUGAAUGGCUGGCUACACAGAUUAUGUCUUCAGAAAAGGCUUGCAAUAUUGUACCAUGAUGGACUACUGGCCAAAGAGAGGUUCCACACCACAAGGGCAGAGAAGAACAUGUUUGACUGAUUGGUUUGGUACCCUCCCAAACACACUUUCUGAGAGGCUUGCUCUGGAGAGAGAAAAUGCUAUGUUUAUAAAUGGAGCAUUUGCACCUAUCUUUUAUUUAAGCUAUUUAUACUGCUUAAUUAAAAUUCAGAGUAAGACAAUACCUUUUAUGAAGAUCCACCAAAAUUUCACACUGUAGUGAGAGUUCCCCAGAACUUUUCCAUCAGGCUGGAUGUUACACAAUGUUGGUUUGGUGGAGAAAGAGAAAAUAGCUGGCUUUAUGUUUAAGCGAUAAAGCUGGGAGUUCUGUGCCACCUCUGCCUUGUGGCGUCCAUGUUAUCCCCAAUACUCCUCAACAUCUACAUGAAACAGCUGGGGGAAGUCACUGAAUAUUUGGGAUGUGUUGCCAUGAAUAUGCUCAUAGCACACACCUUUACCUUUCUUUUCCGCCUACAACUCCCAGGGAAUCUGGGACACUUGUGAAACACCUGAAGGACCAGGUAUACAUCUUGGAACUGCUCUUGAACUCACUGCUGCCUGGAGAGGCACAGGUAGGGCAAUAGCCAGUAGUGCAGCUCAGGCCCCAUCUGGAGUGGUAAGACCUGGCCCUGGUCGCUCAUGCUCUCCUUUCCUUCAGAUUGGACUGCUGCAAUGCCCUUUAUGUGAGGCAGCCUCUGAAAACAGCCCAGAAACUAACUGGUGAAAAAUACAACUGUUGGGAUGCUAAUGAGGGCCAGAAGGUUUGAACACAUUUCUGUUGUUGCAUUGUAUUUCUAGGCCCAACUCAAUGCAUUAGUAUUAAUCUGUAAGGCCCUAAACCAGGCUUCCUCAAGCUCGGUCCUCCAGAUGUUUCUGGCCUACAACUCCCAUGAACCCUAGCUAGGAUGAUGGUCAGGGAUGAUGGGAAUUGUAGUCUCAAAACAUCUGGAGGGCUAAGAUUGAGGAAGCCUGCCCUAAACAGUUUGGGACUGGGUUACCUAAGGACUGUUUGCUCCUUUAUGACUCCCAUGUCUUGCGGGUGCGCAAUUAGCGCCAGUGCCUUCUGUCAAGAGUUUGGGUGUAAUCAUCGAUGCCUCCCUUUCUAUGGAGUUGCAGGUUGCAGCUACAACAAAGGCGGCAUUUUUCCAUCUCUGUCGUGCUAAGCAGUUGGUCCCUUACCUCUCUCACCCUGAUCUCGCCACUGUGAUCCAUGCGACGGUCACCUCCAGGCUUGAUUAUUGUAAUUCACUCCUUGAAGCUGACCCAGAAACUCCAGCGGGUGCAGAAUGCUGCGGCGAGACUCCAUAUGGGGUCUUCGCCGCGGGAUCACAUUCAUUCAGUGUUAUACCAGCUUCACUGGCUCCCAGUGGAGUACAGGAUCGGGUUUAAGGUUAGUUUAACCUUUAAAGCCCUAUACGGCCUAGGACCCUCGCACCUACGGGACUGCCUCUCCUGGUAUGCACCCACGGAGGACCUUAUGGUCUGCAAAUAACAACAGCUUGGAGAUCCCGGGCCCCUGAGAGAUUAGGCUGGCCCGGCCUAGUGGAACCCUCUGCCACAAGAGAUCAGGGCCCUGUGGGAUUUGACAUCUUUCCGCAGGGCCUGUAGGACGGAGUUGUUCCGCCAGGCCUUUGGUCAGGGCUCAGCCUGACUCCCCUUCUCUUUUUGUAUAAGAACUAGUAUGAAAGAGGCCUCCCAGCAUUCUCACAGGCCCAUAUAAGAACAGCAUAAACAGUUAAGCCUAAUGAACAUUUACUGUUCCCAACCCUAAUCCUGCGGAAAGCCAUCUAAUUAGAUUUUAAUUUGAUCCUGGCUUAUUUUUAGGAGGUAAUUUUUGUUUGAUUUUAUACCAGUGUUAUAUAUUUGAUGGAAGCCGCCCUGAGCCCAGUCUUGGCCAGAGAGGGCGGGAUACAAAUAAAAGAUUAUUAUUAUUAUU